CGGACCAGUUUGUGCUAGACGUAGACCUCGAGACUCGAACCCGAUCGCACCCGACACGAAGCUCCGACCGAGCCAACAGCUUUGCCGUCUCGCGCCGUCUCGCGCCUCCGCCUCCGGCGAGACGAAACCCUAGCUCGUCUCCAUGGACAACGGGCACGCCUCCGCCGGCAAGCGCAAGCGCGGUAUCAAGCCGAAGCCGCCGGCCGCCGCCGCCCCCGAUAACAACUCCUCCGACCCCGAGCCAGCCUCCUCCCCGCCGCCCCGCCGCCGCGGCCGGCGCGUCUGCCACGAGCCCCCCUCCGAGGCCGAAGUCGCCUCACCUCCCAAGCCGCGGCGGGGCGGGACGAAGGGGGUGUCCAACGGCGGGGCGGAGGCCCCCGCGGCAGUGGAGCCGUCGCGACGGGAGCAGGUGGUCAAGGUGGUGGAGGUCCCUGCGGUGGUGGAGCCCCUGCGGUGGGAGCAGGUGAUCAAGGUCGUGCCGUCGAUGGACGCGGUGGUUAAGGUGUUCUGCGUCCACACCGAGCCCAACUUCUCGUUGCCAUGGCAGCGGAAGCGGCAGUACAGCUCUAGCAGCAGCGGGUUCAUCAUCGAGGGGCGCAGGGUGCUCACCAACGCCCACUCGGUUGAGCAUUACACCCAGGUCAAGCUCAAGAAGCGCGGCUCCGACACCAAGUACCUCGCUACCGUCCUUGCCAUUGGCACUGAGUGCGACAUUGCAAUGCUAACUGUAGAGGAUGAUGAAUUCUGGAAAGGGGUUUCACCAGUGGAGUUUGGGUCACUGCCUGCACUCCAGGAUGCUGUCACUGUUGUUGGUUACCCAAUUGGAGGAGAUACUAUCUCAGUCACAAGUGGUGUAGUAUCUAGGAUAGAAAUACUUUCAUAUGCUCAUGGUUCUACAGAGCUUCUUGGGUUACAGAUAGAUGCAGCUAUAAAUUCAGGAAAUUCAGGGGGUCCUGCUUUUAAUGACAGGGGCAUAUGUGUCGGUAUAGCUUUUCAAUCUCUUAAACAUGAAGAUGCGGAGAACAUAGGCUAUGUUAUACCCACCCCAGUUAUCAAGCACUUCAUUGAAGACUAUGAAAAAUCUGGAGAUUACACAGGUUUCCCUGUACUUGGUAUAGAAUGGCAGAAAAUGGAAAAUCCUGACCUCUGCAAAGCAAUGGGAAUGAAAUCUGACCAAAAGGGUGUUCGUGUACGAAGGGUUGAGCCAACUGCUCCAGAAUCUGGAUGCCUCCAACCUUCUGAUAUUAUUCUUAGCUUCGAUGGUAUUGACAUUGCCAAUGAUGGUACAGUUCCUUUUAGGCAUGGGGAGCGCAUUGGAUUCAGCUAUCUUGUUUCUCAGAAGUAUACUGGUGAGAAGGCAUGCGUGAAAGUUCUGCGCAAAUCAAAAUUCUAUGAAUUUAAUAUAAAGCUAGCGAUCCACAAAAGGCUCAUUCCAGCUCAUAUAAAGGGAAGGCCACCAUCAUAUUACAUUGUUGCUGGCUUUGUUUUUAUGGCCGUAUCUGUUCCAUAUUUUCGAUCUGAGUAUGGAAAAGACUACGAAAAUGAUGCCCCAGCCAAGUUGUUGGACAAGCACUUACAUGCAAUGGCGCAAACACCUGAUGAACAGAUUGUGGUGCUGUCACAGGUGCUUGUGGCAGAUAUAAAUAUUGGUUAUGAAGAGAUCGUCAAUAUUCAGGUUCUUGCCUUCAAUGGCACACUGAUUAAAAAUUUGAGGCACCUAGUGACCAUGGUGGAAGAGUGCAAUGAGGAAUUCUUGAAAUUUGAUCUGGAUUAUGAUCAGGUUGUUGCCCUGGAGACAAAAACUGCAAAGGCUGCAACGCGGGACAUUCUGAUGACACAUUGUAUACCUUCGGCUAUGUCCAAAGACCUGAAGACCUGAUGAAAGCAAGAUGCUGGCUGAUACAAAUACAAUCACAUGAUCCUACAAAUCCUUGCUGGGACCGGGACAAACUUGAUUUUGUUGAUCAAUACGGCUCCCAUUCCACAAGAAGCACUGCGGGAAUCCCAGUACUGCUGACGUACUGGAUGUCGAAGAGCGGAAUGCAGUCUGUUUGCACCAAAGAAAGCUAAGAAUAGCAAGUUCACGUACUCAUAAGUGGAUUGAUUAGACUGGAUGGCACAUUGAGCCAUUGGGAAAUGGUAGGAUAGAAAGAAAAACACAAAGUUUUGCUCUUAUUUCAUUUAUUUAGUCCAGAUCAGAAAAGUCAUCCUGAAUAACGUUGCAUAUUCUCAUUUGCCAUGUUUGGUCCGAUGAUACUUUCGCUUUAGUCUCUAGUCGUGUGCCGCACUGCCCCCUCUGCUCGCCAAGUACUUUCCUGUAGCAUCAUACAUUUGUUGUGUGAAGUACUUAAAGUUCUUCCCGGCAUAAUCGUAUCUUUAGUGGCUUUUGCACCAAUUCUUUGUC